UUACCUCAGCUUUGCGUUGCGUGACGUAAUUUUCUGUUAAACAGACCAGAGAUGCGUUGUCGUGUGAUUUUGAAGUUUGAAGGUUUGCAGCUAGUUCCUGCUAUUAUACUGAACUUGGACUUUAACUUCUGUUCUCUUGUAUUCGGUUUACAGAGCAUUAGGUGAUCUGUCGACUGGCGUCUCGUGGCAUCGCACUUUACACUGACGGACAAAUAUACAUUAAACAAUAACGAGAGAGCAGUUAACGGAGAACAAAUAUGACGAAUGAAAAGUCAAAGUUAACUUAUGUGAUAACCGGCGGGUGCGGAUUUCUUGGACAGCACAUGUUGCGGGUUUUGUUGGAGAAGGAAGAAAAUAUCAAGGAGAUAAGACUUUUUGAUAAACACGUUUGUGCAACUCUACAAAGUCACAGCACAGAGCAUGUGAAGGUGGUGCUGGUACAGGGAGAUAUAACAGAUUAUGGCAACGUGCGAGAUGCUUUACAGGGAGCAGACCUGGUCAUCCAUGCAGCUAGUCUGGUUGACGUGUGGUACAGAGUGCCUGAGAAGGCGAUCUAUGCAGUUAACGUACAAGGAACGGAGAAUGUGAUAAAUGCCUGUGUGGAAACUGGUAUCCAGUAUUUGAUCUAUACAAGCUCCAUGGAAGUCGUUGGUCCGAAUAUUAAAGGAGAUGCAUUUAUCAGAGGGAAUGAAGAUACUCCAUAUAAUAUAUUUCAUGAGAUGGCCUAUCCCAGGUCCAAAGCUAAAGCUGAAAAAAUGGUGCUGGAGGCCAACGGAACAAAGGUAAAGGGAGGGGCAACUCUCUACACAUGUUCUCUGCGACCAACAGGCAUCUAUGGGGAACAGCAUCAGUUAAUGAAGGAGUUUUAUACAAAUGGAGUUCGUACAGGUGGUUGGGUGAUCAGAGGAGUGCCUCCAGAAACCGAACAUGGCCGGGUCUAUGCAGGGAAUGUGGCCUGGAUGCACUUACUGGCAGCACGCGCUCUGAGAGAGCAUCCUCAUAAGCUGGGUGGAGAGUUUUAUUUCUGCUAUGAUGAUUCACCCUACAAAAGCUAUGAAGACUUCAACAUGCAGUUCCUGUCAGCCUUCAACUUUCGUACGUUACAUGUUUCGGUUUGGGUGCUGUGGUUCAUAGCUUGCAUGAAUGACCUGCUGCACUGGCUCUUGAAGCCAAUUUACAACUACACACCGUUGCUUAACUCCUACACACUCGCUGUGGCACGCACGUCUUUUACAGUGAGCACAGACAAAGCCCUCCGCCACUUUCAGUACAAGCCACUCUAUAGCUGGGAGGAAUGCUUGGCCCGUACGCAGAGCUGGGUGAACACGUUCCCUUUAGAAACGAGCACUAAAAAAGCCUAACAGCUGCUUCAUGUGCAAUGAGGACGAUUUGGAAUGAUGACUCAAUCAUUUAAGAACAUAUAGAAAUGUGUCAUACACUUAAAUGAUUGCUAAAGUAAAAAUAUUUUAGCUUGAAUGUAUUAUAAAUUAUAUCAGCUGCAAUGUACAUGUAUAAGUAUAUUUAUAAUUAACAUAUACUUAAAUCCAGUUUUCCAGUUAAUGCAUAACAAUUCUACGUGCAAUACUUUGUACACAUUAUGUUUAUUCACACAUCAAUGACAGUAAUAAAUUCAAAACACUCUGUUCCCAAAAAACAGCCUUAAAUUAUCGCAGUGACUCAAUGUAACCACCCUCAUCCUCCCAGAAACUCAAAAAUUCCAUCAUGGUCUGAACAAAAAAAAUGAUGUUAACUAUACAUGAGGUUUAAUGUGCGGCCAGAUGUUCCUCACCAGUUUCCAUUGUUAUGGUACUUAGCAACAUCUUUGUUAUGGGAGGGAACAAAAAGCAAAAAGAUAUUAUAUACCUGUGCUUUUCAGUCAUGCAUUGGACUUUUUACACAUGUGAAUUUAUUUACAAGUCAACAGUAUAAGGUGUUUGGUUUAAAAUAUGUUAAAUAUAAUACAAAGAAAUGUUUGUUUUGCCAGUUUAAUGGCUGUUCAAUUACAGUAUUAGUCCAUUACUGCAGUUCCUAUAUAACAGUACUUAAUUACUGACAUCAUAUGGGCAACUAAAAAAACAAGGGUGUUCCUAGGUUUAAUUCCAGGGUAUUUCCUCUCACUUAUUCAUAUUAUGACUGGCGUGGAACCCCGUCAGAGACGAGUUUCCUCGGUUACAGUAAUAUUUAUUCUUGUGUCAUUGACAGAGGAGUUUGCCCAACACAAUUGUUUGCCAAUGGGACUUUUCCCACCGCAGAUGCUAAAUGUAUGUCAACUGCGACAUCUAGCGGCUAAUGCGAGACAGGACUCUUAAUUCCAUUUCAUACAAAGUGACUUGCAGACUAUUCAGGGUAUACAUCAGUAUGUGUGUUGUGUUCCCUGUGAUCAGUGUAUAUAGACUUUUCUGGCUUUUCAUUUUCUACAUCUAUUUGUAAAUUAUGAUAGACUGCAAUAAUUUAUUAUUUUAAUUGUGUUGAAUAAGCUCAGAAGUUCUCACAGGCCGUAUAAAGUAAUGGGAUUUUAAACAUCCCCCAUGUAAGACACAAUGUAAAAUGUGAUAUUCUAAGUGUCAUAGCACCUGAACAAUUGUACAACGUAUACAAUGAUUUAUACAAUAAACGUUUGACUUUUUUUUACGAAUAAAAAAUGUCAUACAUACAAAAGACAAAA